AUGUCGACCCCGGUCUCCCCUUCCCCCUCCCUCUCCCCGUUGACGCUGGCCUCCCCGACUUCGGCGACCUCCCCUCUGCCCUCGCCCCUCUCCCCUCCAGCCAGGGUGCCUGUCUUCCAGAGGAGGGGAGCGCUCAAACACAAGAGGAUUGUCGAGGUGAAAGACCACCAGUUCACGGCGCGCUUCUUCAAACAGCCCACCUUCUGCAGCCACUGCACCGACUUCAUCUGGGGCAUCGGCAAACAGGGAUUCCAAUGUCAAGUUUGCAGUUUCGUGGUCCACAAAAGAUGUCACGAGUUUGUGACCUUCACUUGUCCCGGCUCUGUGGCGGGCCCGAAACCAGAUGACCUGAAGACUCAACACACAUUUAAGGUCCAAACAUACUCCAGUCCCACCUUCUGCGACCACUGCGGCUCGCUGCUGUACGGCCUCAUACACCAGGGCAUGAAAUGUGGCUGUUGUGACAUGAACGUCCAUCGACGGUGUGAGACCAGUGUUCCCAGUCUCUGUGGCCAGGACCACACAGAGAAGAGAGGGAGGAUCCACCUGACUGUCAGAGGAGAGAGUGAGGACGUCUUCGUCACAGUGCGGGAGGCUCGUAACCUGAUGCCCAUGGAUCCGAACGGCCUGUCAGACCCGUACGUUAAACUGAAAUUGAUUCCAGACCCGAAAAGCCACAGCAAACAGAAGACCAAGACCAUCCGCUCCACGCUCAAUCCCGUCUGGAAUGAGAGUUUCACAUUCUCAGUGCGCGGUCACCAGUGGGACCGGCGUCUGUCGGUGGAGGUGUGGGACUGGGACCGCACGUCUAGGAACGAUUUCAUGGGAGCGAUGUCGUUCGGAGUGAGUGAGAUCUUCAGGCGUCCUAUCAGCGGCUGGUUCAAACUGCUGGCCCAGGAUGAGGGAGAGUACUAUAACAUCCCAGUACCAGACCCGGACCUGGAGGAGCCACAGCCAGACGGCACAACACCCUCUCUGCCUCAGGCGCUACCUGCUUCGCUGUCUGAGUCGUUCCCUGCGGCCCUGUCCCCGACCCCUGUACCGUCCUGCCCGCCGGUGCACAUCCCCGGCCCUGCCAAAGUUAAAGUGGGCAUCCUCGACUUCAACUUCCUCAUGGUUUUGGGCAAAGGCAGCUUUGGCAAGGUGCUGCUGGCGGAGGAGCGAGGCAGCGAGCGUCUGUUCGCCGUCAAAGUGUUGAAGAAAGACGUUCUCUUCCAGGACGAAGACACGGAGAGCGCCAUGGUGGAGAGGAGGGUUCUGGCGCUAUCCUCUCGCCCUCACUUCCUCACAUCGCUCUACUGCGCCUUCCAGACUGAGGACCGUCUGUAUUAUGUGAUGGAAUACGUCGACGGAGGAGACCUGAUGUUUCACAUUCAGAUAGUCGGCAAGUUCAAAGAGGCUCACGCAGCGUUUUACGGAGCGGAGAUAGCGGCCGGCCUCUUCUUCCUCCACAGCAAAGGCAUCAUCUACAGAGAUCUAAAGCUGGAUAAUGUGCUGCUCGACAGCGAGGGACACAUAAAGAUAGCCGACUUCGGGAUGUGCAGGGAGGGCAUGUUGGAAGGCGACACCACGCGCACCUUCUGCGGCACUCCCGACUACAUCGCCCCUGAGAUUGUGGCGUAUCAGCCCUAUGACAAAGCAGUGGACUGGUGGUCCUAUGGCGUACUGCUGUAUGAAAUGCUGGCAGGACAGCCACCAUUUGACGGUAUAGACGAGGAUGAGCUGUUUCAGUCCAUCAUGGAGCAGAGUGUGGUGUACCCGAAAAGUCUCAGUCGUGAAGCUGUCGCUAUCUGCAAGGGACUUCUGACGAAGCACCCGGCCAAGCGUUUGGGUGGAGGAGAGGAUGCAGAGAGAGAAAUCAAGGAGCAUCCGUUCUUCCGCUGGAUUGACUGGGACCGUCUGGAGAGACUGGAGAUCCAGGCUCCCUUCAAACCCAGAACUGGUGGGAGGAAAGGUGAAAACUUCGACAAGUUCUUCACAGCAGCUCCAUCAGCGCUCACUCCCUCUGAUCCGGAUAUAAUGGCAGCCAUCGACCAGGAAGACUUCCAGGACUUCACCUUCCAAAACUCAGACUUUGCCCCCUCGCCUCUCACCGCCAUUUGAAAACGGCUGCUCCAACGACCCCUCCGAGUGCACUCUGUUAAUCCCCAUAAUAGUAGUUUUAUAACAAAGAAUUUCAACAUGAGAACUAGCAUCUGAUGUUUACAUGAAAAUGCCAAGACACCUUUCUAUUCAUGCACUCUCUUUGAUGUGUGUAUUAUAUCCUGAUAGUCACAGAAUAUGUUGCAGCAAUGCAAACAAAGCCAGUAUUAUACUGUAGAUUUCCAUCCCUUAACUUGAUAUAAGAGUAGUAUGAACAGGAGAAAUCUUUUGCAUGCAGUGUUUUUAGACUGAAUCCCUUUGACACGCUAGUUUUCUAUAGCUAGUAUAGAUUAUCCAAGAAGAUAUGAUGUAGCUGUGUAACUUUACAACCAAUUUAUUUAUUUCAAACGUUUUUUUCCAUUACUAUGAUUAGAAUCAUCUUGUGUUGUGAGAAGCUAUAUUUCACAAAACAAUUACAGGUUUUCUCAUACAGCACUACAGGGCACAUAGCAGGGUAGAACAAGUCACUCUUUUAAUCAGUUUGUAGUUCACACACAUGAAUACAAAUGUUUGUUAGCAAAUCAAAUACUACAUUUAUACACAGUACAAUAAUGAGCAUCAGAAGCACUAUAAUGUUAUUUAUCUCACUCUAUUUGUGUGUGAGUGUUGACACUUUGACUCCUCUGGCCUGGCCCGACCUCUCAGUUUAACACCACACCGGUGACCUCAGAUGACCUGCUGAGAUGCUGAAACCACGCAGCGGUCUCAAUGUGACAGUGACUGUAGGCUGCAGUCCUCACCACACACACACUCUGCCCGACUAUCAUCACUGGGAGGAAGUCCUCUCAUCACUGCCUCAGUUUGGGCUGUAUAAUUUUUUAUUCACCUGAUUUUUUUCCUCUGUUAUUCUUGAGCCAACUGUGAGCCUUUCUGCUCUGCAAUACACACUAUCUGUGCUCCUUAAUGACGUCCAGCAACUGCACUGAAAUAUGUAUUUUCACUCCGAGAAAAGAUGCCACUUAAUGAUGUUUUCAAGAAGUACUUUAUUAUUUUGGUGGUGUAUACUAUAAAGCUUAUUGCUGUGUAAUGACGUCCUCACAGCAUUGAUUAGGCGUAAUUAAAAGCGAGGCUCACUGGGACUGUUCAAUACAUGGAAAAUAAUAGCAGCGCUGUCAUUAAACACUAUCUGAGCAAGGCAGGUGGCUGCACACACACAGUUUAAUAUUCCCAUCUCACAAAGCCGGAAUCUGUUUUCUUUAAAGCAUCCUUAUUGAUUUUUUUGUUUCCAUUCUAUGUCAGCGUAAUGAUAAUUAUAACCAUCUCUCUUUUGUGUGUGUCCCUUUAAACGUGGCCAACUGUGAAAGGUCGGAGCAGUUCAUCUGAUCGCCUCGGCUCCGUUUGAGUUGAGGUCAAAUGUCACAACACGCAAUACUCCAACACAAUAGACAAUACGAUCAAUAAUAUAUAAUACAAUAGAUAAUUUAUGCAUCUGUUAGUUGAGUUACCUUCUGUUUUUAUCUGCUGGAGAAAAAAAAGAACGUUGAAAUAAACUUAAUGAAAAAAUCAUGAAACGA